AUGGCUGCUUGUCACCUGGGCAUUGGAAGAAAUGAGCUGAUUUCCAAAUACCUGGUCUCCUUGACAGGCUGCUCUCCUUGGGAAGUAACAAGACAAACGAAGAGAAAUCGAACUGUGGAAGGGGAUCACCUUUUCGAAUUGGGCACCAGAAUGUUACACCAGUCCAAAAAUCAGAAACAAAAAGAAGAAGCCUACCUAAUCUUUGCCAAAGCAGCUGAUAAGGGAAACUUGAAAGCUAUGGAGAAUAUGGCUGAUGCUUUGCUUUUUGGUGAUUUACAUGCUCAGAACAUCUCAGCAGCUGUAGUCCUGUAUGAAUUUUUGGCAAGUGAAGGAUCUCAUAAAGCCCAAAAUGCAUUAGGAUUCCUAUCUUCAUAUGGAAUAGGAAUGGAACAUAACCAAGCUAAGGCGCUGGUAUAUUAUACUUUUGGAAGUGCUGGAGGAAGCAUGAUGUCCCAAAUGAUUUUGGGUUACAGAUAUUUGUCGGGCAUCAGUGUUCUACAGAAUUGUGAAACUGCACUUUUCCAUUACAAGAAUGUAGCAAAUUACAUUGCUGAUAAAUUGAAAAAAAAUGAAGGUGUCCCCAUGGAAAAAGUGACACUAGCCGAGAGACCUGAAAAUCUGAAUUCUAACAGUGAGAUUUUGGAUUGGGAUGUAUACCAAUACUAUAAAUUUUUGGCAGAAAGAGGAGAUAUUCAGAUACAAGUAUCUCUCGGACAAUUACAUCUAACAGGACGAAAAGGAUUGGAACAGGAUUUCUAUAAAGCAUUCUACUACUUCUUGAAGGCGGCCAAGGCAGGAAGUGCAAAUGCCAUGGCAUUUCUGGGAAAGAUGUAUUUAGAAGGCAAUCCUGCAGUACCACAAAAUAAUGCCACUGCUUUUAAAUACUUUUCCAUGGCUGCUAAUAAGGGUAAUGCGAUUGGACUCCAUGGGCUUGGACUUAUUUAUUUUCAUGGAAAAGGAGUUCCUGUGGAUUAUGAUGAAGCUCUUAAAUUUUUUCAGAAAGCUGCAGAGAAAGGUUGGCCAAAUGCACAGUUUCAGUUAGGAUUCAUGUAUUACUCUGGCUCUGGAGUAUGGAAGGAUUAUAAACUUGCCUUCAAAUAUUUUUACUUGGCAUCUCAGAGUAGACAACCCCUUGCCAUUUAUUAUUUGGCUGAAAUGUAUGCUACAGGAACCGGCGUGCUGAGAUCAUGCAGAACCGCAGUGGAGCUUUACAAGGGUGUUUGUGAACUGGGCCACUGGGCUGAGAAAUUCCUGACAGCAUACUUUGCCUAUAAGGACGGUGACAUAAAUUCAUCCCUUGUUCAAUAUGCACUGCUAGCGGAAAUGGGGUAUGAAGUAGCUCAAAGCAAUUCAGCAUUCAUUUUGGAAUCUGAAAAGGCUACCAUUCUUAAGAAAGACCAAAUGCACCCCAUGGCACUUCUCCUGUGGCACCGAGCUGCAGUUCAAGGCAAUGAAUUUGCUAGAAUUAAAAUCGGAGAUUACCACUACUAUGGCUAUGGAACAAAGAAAGAUUAUAAAACAGCAGUGACUCAUUACAGCAUUGCAGUGGAUAAAUACCACAGUGCCCAGGCCAUGUUCAAUCUGGCAUAUAUGUAUGAGAAUGGCUUAGGGAUUCCUAAGGACAUUCAUUUGGCCAGAAGGUUAUACGAUUUGGCUGCUGAAACAAGUCCAGAUGCCCACAUACCAGUGUCCUUGGCACUCUUGAAACUUGAAAUGAUGUAUUUGCUCAAAGAUGUUGUGUUUUAUAACCUUCAUAUGAAAUGGAAACAGCUGAAAUUGGAUGUUACCCUCGGACCCUACUGGGAUAUAUUCAUAAUUGGUGCCAUUGUUGUUUUGCUGAUGUUAUUGCUUAGAAACCGGCCAGAUUAA